CUACGGCCCAGAAGCCCAUACAAGUUUUCAGGCUCUCGGUCCCUUCUCGUGCCGUCUCCCCGCCGCCGCCGUCGCCCAGCGCCGCGCCUCCCCGCCCUCCGUUGCCGGCGACAAGCCCCCGCAGGGAGCGGGCUAUCUGGAGUCCAAGCUGCAGCCUCGCCCUCCCGCUCCGUGCGCCGGGCAGCAGCAAGCGCCGCCCCAAGCCCUAGCCUCGCCGCCUGCCAGGUGCCUGAAGCCCCCUCGGCCCGUGCUCCCCUUCCUGUCUGCUUGUCGGAUUCACCGAUUGUAGCCCGCAGGCAUUUUCAGGAUGGGCAGUGAGGACACAAAAGAUAUGCUGAAGAAUGUGGACUGGAAAACAGUUGGUGGUGGUUCAGUGACUACUGACCCAAGCCAACCAGUUGUUAAAAAGCGUCUCCCAAAGAAAAUUAGACAAGUUCCUGAAUGCUAUUUUCUGCCUCGGCGAUAUUUGCCUUCUGCAUUGGCAAUCUAUGGCGCUGUGUGUGCUGCUGGAGUUGGCGCAGGGAUGCUGCUUGAGGUUUGGAUAAACAAAAAGAUCAAAGAGGACAGUGCCAUUGUCUGGGAAAUGGGCAAAUGAUUUGAUUGCUACCUCUGAAGAGUUCUCCUUGCUCUUGUGUUCAGCUGCUAAAGCUGCAUCUCAGAAAUAAUCCUAGCUAUAUUGAUUCAGAUUAUCUUUUGAUUCCCAGACAAAGUAAAACUAUCCUUUCUAAUGUACGGCACUGCCUUAUAUCUACAUUCCUGAUUUCAUUUUGAAUGCUAGCAUUACAGUAUGGUGUAACAGGCAGUAUCAGAAAUAACGGUGUUCCAGAACGAGCCAUUUCUGUUUGACAUUAUCAGUAGUCCGUCAUACGAAUUAA